CAUUCAUCGAAUGUAAAUAUACAGCAGUCGUGUGGAUUUGGAUGGAUUUAUCAGGAACUUAAUAUUUAAGAAACCGCAAUUUCUAGUUAGCGGCAAAGUAUUUGAAUUUAUCUGUGUGAGAGGCUCGGGCCGUCGGCCGCUUAGAGAGUGAACGAGAAUAAAGAAUAGUCAAUUAUAUACAUUAAAGGAGGAGGAUGAGCAUGAAUACCAUGAGCACCACCGCCACCGCUACAACCACCAAUCCCACAACUGUUGCUAGAACGCCGGUAAAGCUGUACGAUGUUACGGCGCGUGUAUUUAAUGCAAUGCAAACGCUGGACAUCACAUCACUGGCAAGCUAUCCGCAGUCCGAGAUACGGCCGGUGUUGCCCUCGUUAGUGCGAAUGAGUCUACUCUCACCGUUGGACAAUACCACCUCCUCAAUGGAAUCUCGCAAGAAGAUACUUGCCGUCCUCAUUGGCAUCGAGGUUGUCAAUAGCAUUGUGUCCUAUCUACAGGUCAAUUACCAUGAGCUGGAGAACGAACUAAAGAAGGAACUGCAGUCACGUCAGAAGUCUGCAUAUUUUGAGGGCCAACAACCUUCCGAGUACGGUCUCCAGUCGGGCAUAGCAUUGGGCUUUGAGCGUUCCGAUGUUGCCAGAAAGGUGCGUGUUGUGCUCUCCGAAAUAUUCAAUCUCCAGCAACAGGUGACGGAACAGAAGCCACCAACUCACUUGGAAAUCCUGGACGAUGGAAUAUAUCUAGAGGAAGUUGUGGAUAUAUUGUGCAUUGCUCUGGCUGAGCUGCCAUCGCUUUUGAAUAUUCUGGAGCUGACUGAUGCCUUAGUUCAUGUGCCCAAUGGUCAUAGGAUUAUUUGUGCCUUGGUGGCAAACUUUCCAGAUUGCUAUCGCGAUGUCGUCUCACAUAUUAUAGCCAAUUGUGAUGAGGAGGGUAGCGAUGGCAAGCAUCGGCUAACUCUACUGAUGGCCCUAAGCGAGAUGAAUCCCUCCCAAGCCUUAGCUAAUCGUUCCAUGUGCGUUGACAUGAUGAAGGUACCAUCGUUUAUGCUUAAACUGACGCUCAAACAUCCCGAGGAUUUGAUUGCAUUUCUCACUGGCCUUCUGCUGGGCAAUGACCAGAACCUGCGCUCCUGGUUUGCUGUAUACAUACGCUCAAGUCAGAAACGUAAGGGUGAUGCCUUAAAUUUGGUUCGUGUCGAACUGCUGCAAAAGAUAAUACAGAUAACUAGCAAAGCGUCCGAGUUGAAGGACUUUAAUCUCCAAGGAGCAGUGCUGUUGCGUCUAUACUGCGCUUUACGGGGCAUUGGUGGCCUUAAAUUCAAUGACGACGAGAUCAAUGCUUUGUCCCAGUUAGUAACCAGCUGUCCUAAGCCAACGCCCUCUGGCGUGAGAUUUGUUACUCUGGCCCUAUGCAUGCUAGUUGCCUGCCCUUCGCUAGUGUCCACCGUGCCGUUGGAGAACAAGGCUGUCGAAUGGUUACAAUGGCUUAUACGUGAGGAUGCCUUUUUCUGUAAACGUUCAGGGACAAGUACCUCGCUGGGUGAAAUGCUCUUGCUGUUGGCCAUCCAUUUUCAUAGCAAUCAAAUAACAGCAAUCAGUGAGAUGGUCUGCUCUACUUUGGCCAUGAAGAUACCCAUACGGCCGAAUAGCACAAACAGAAUUAAGCAAUUAUUUACCCAGGAUCUUUUCACAGAGCAGGUGGUGGCCCUGCAUGCUGUGCGAGUGCCUGUAACGCCAAAUCUUAAUGGCACCAUACCUGGUUACCUGCCUGUACACUGUAUCCAUCAACUACUGAAAUCGCGAACCUUUCUUAAGCACAAGGUGCCCAUUAAAUCAUGGAUCUUCAAGCAGAUUUGCAGCUCAGUGCGGCCUGUGCAUCCCGUCAUGCCAGCUCUGGUGGAGGUGUUUGUCAACACUUUGAUUAUACCGAAUCCCACGGGCAAAGUUAACAUCGAUCACAUGCAUAGACCCUUUACUGAGAUAGAGAUUUUGCAUGUAUUCCGCACCUCACAGUUGACUUUCUUUGCCGAAGAUCUGCCGCCCAUGACGGAAAGCGAAGAGUUAGCACAAAUCGAGGUCAGCUGUCCACUGACAGCUCAGCUUUUAAUGAUAUAUUACUUGAUGCUCUAUGAGGACACACGACUGAUGAACUUGAGUGCUCUAGGCGGACGCAAACAAAAGGAGUAUUCCAAUAAUUUUAUGGGCGGAUUGCCUCUGAAAUAUCUAUUACAGAAAGCCCAUCAGUACCACAAUGAUUAUUUGUCCCUGUUUCAUCCUCUCCUGCGACUGAUUAUCUCGAACUAUCCGCAUUUGAGUAUGGUAGAUGAUUGGCUGGAGGAGCAUUAUCUGGUCAAUGGCUGUGGCGGCCCCAGUAGUCAGCUGGAAAUGACGAAUGUGGAUCUGAAGCCAGAAUUUCUGUCGCGUGCCCUGGACACUGUCAAGACAAAGCCACAUCUGGCCAUACGUGUAUUUAAGCAGCUAUUACAACUACCACCUGAGGCCUUGGCCAAAUAUGCUCAACAGCUGGUGCAGCACUUGCCGUUGAUCUUUGAGAGAUCAGUGCCGCGGUAUAUUAAGGAUCUAUACAAUGAUCUAUGGCUACGAUUGAAUUCCGUAUUACCGACGACUUUGUGGAUUAUGUCCUUGAGGGCAAUUACCAAGACAACGGACUCUAUUAGUAGGCGAACGUUUGCCAACGAGAGUCUAUUGGAGCCCAUGGAAGUGCUGAGCUGCCCAACGCAUGUAUUUUGUUCGCCCUAUCUACUAAUGAUACUGCUGCGCAUUCUAAAGGGUAGCCUGGCGGCAUCCAAAACCUGUUUAAAUGUUCAUAUGCAACAAAAGCAGGUGCUGGACAAGAAUGGCCUCGUUCAGACCGAUGCCGAUCGUGAAGAAUUAAAGACUACUCUAAUUGCAUCACAGGAGAGUGCGGCUGUUCAUAUACUGCUAGAGGUUUUGGAAUAUAUGUCGAAUGCAGCUGAUGAUCGUGUGUCGCAAUUGGAAAUGCGUGAAAUUCAAGGCAUUAUCGGUACAUAUGUGCAUCAGGCGUUCAUUUCAGAACCAUCAUUGGCAAAACUGGUGCAUUUCCAGACGUAUCCAAAGUCUGUGAUACCCAUGAUUGUAGCCAGUGUGCCAUCGAUGCAUAUUUGCAUUGAUUUCGUUCACGAAUUCCUCAAUGUGACCGAAAUGGAUAAGCAGAUUUUCACCAUAGAGCUAACCUCGCAUCUGGUGCUCAAUUACUCUAUACCAAAGAGUCUGGGAGUGUCCAAGUUCUGUCUGAAUGUCAUUCAGACGACAUUGUCGCUGCUUACCUCAUCUGCCAAGUGUAAAUUUCUACGUAACGUAUUGCCAGCAAUGGUACGAUUCGCAGAGACAUUUCCCAUACUGGCCGACGAUUGCGUCAAUAUUCUAAUGACCACUGGUCGGAGUCUGCAUUCGCAGUCAUCGCUGGGCGUGACCACCAUGCAAAUGCCUCUAACGGAAAGCGCUAAAUUAUGUUCGUAUCGAGAUGCCCAGCUACAUAUCGUUAUGAUAGAGGAUGCUUUUAAAGCUCUCGUAUCGGCUGUAAUGCAAAAAUCCGAAUUGUAUUGAUAGAGAUCCUCCGACUAUAUAGAUAUAUAAUUCACCUUGUACCUCCUCCAACCACCUCAAACCACCUUCAUCUCUGUUCCACAACCAACCCCCCUUUUGAAUCCCUGACGUGAACUCGUAAUUGUAUUAUGUGUAAAAUAAAUGAUUAAUGAAUUUUGUACAACA